AUGUGUUGUAUAUCAUUUGAUACAUCGAGAAGGAACAGUGAAAAGGCUCCUUCGUCAAAGAAUGGGUAUGAAUUGAAAAAAAAAAUUAAAGAUUUGGAAUUGCAACUAGAAUAUGAAAUAAAUCGACACGACAACGAGAUUAAAGAAAAAGAGGAAUGCAUAAGAACGCUUGAAGAAAAAGUGAACGCGCUAGAGAAUUCGAAAAGGGAGUCCGAAGAAAAAGAUGAAGCGAUAUUAAGUAUGAGUGAGCAGCUACUCAUACUGUCAAACAAACACGAUGUUUUGGUAAAAGAAUCCAAGUUGCAAGAAGAAGAAUUGAAACAUUUAAAAAAUAAGAAAAAGUAUCGAAAUGACAAAACUAAUGAAUUUAUAAUAACGUUGAAAAAACAAAAUGAUGAUUUUAAAAAAGAAAUAGAAAAUUUAACUGACAAAUAUGCUAACUUAUUUAAGGAAAAUACUGACCUUAAGUGUUCGUCGAAAUUGAUUCAAGCACAGUUGGAGGACACACAAAAAAAUUUGGAACUCGUUAAGAAACACAGCAUGGAGGAUUUCGAUGAGAAGAGCGCAAUUAAAAUUCUAAACCUUGGAACCGAAUUAGUUCAUAAGAGGAAUUCUAAUAAAGAUUUUAACGAGGAUAAUGGGUUCAAAAUGGAGAUGGAGUAUAAAGAUAUGAUAAUAAAAAAAUUGCUACGAAAUAGAAUGAUUAUGGAAAUGACUAAAAUGGAUAGAAAAAAUUGUGAUGAUAACUAUAAGGAGAAUGGCAAUACAAGUGGAAAAGGAUGUCAAAAGGAAGAAGAAUUAAAAAAGAAUGAUUCAAUUAAUCACAAUGGGGAACAGCUUAUCACUUAUGAAAAAAAAUUGGAGGAACUAUACCAAAAAUGUAUAGAUUCACAAAUCGAUAACGAUAAGUUGAAGAAAAAAAUUAAAACAUUGAAUGAUCAUAUUAAUGACCUUAAAAAGGAAAAUACGGAUUUGAUGGGAAUAAUCGAUACCUUGAAGGAAUACAUAAGUAAAGCCCACCGGGAGGACGUGAAUGUUCAACAAUUCGAUGACCUGAUAAACAACCUGCUUAAAGAAAACUCAACCUUAAAUAAUGAAUUGUCAAAGCAAAAAAGGAAGAACAUGGCGGACACCUAUUUCUUCAAUAAGGAACUGCAACUAAUACAAAGUGACAAAUUGAAAAUUAUCGAAAAAUUUGAUGAAUCUCAUGUUAUGAACUUCCCACAUUUAUAUGAACCAUUGACCGUAACUCUUAAUGAAUCACAACAUGAGUAUCUUAACAAAACGAAUGGGAAUCGUGAAACAGCACAAGAUCACACACAGGUUAAAAAACCAAUUAUAAAUAAGGAUGAAAAAGAGACUGCGAAAAUUUCCCAUUUGGUGAAGUCCAACCAGACAAUAAUCACUGAUGAGUUGGUUCAUACCUACAUGGAGGAUUAUAUGAAAAAUGUUCAAAACAAAAAUUGA